GAGUUACACUAUACAACGACAACUAUUAAAUUCCAUGACCAAGAAAAUCCUUUGCCUUCCAGGAUUCCUCCAAAAUGGAUCUACAUUUGCUGCCAAAUCAUCUGGUAUUCGCAAACAACUAACCAAGAAACUUAAUCUACAACUUGAUUAUCUUGAUCCACCACAAUUAAUUGACUCCAAAGACAAAAUAUCAUUCCCAUUGGCACCUACUGAACCUGAAGCCCAACAAGUAUGGCAAAGUAUAGUAGAUAAGGGUAACAACCGUUGUUGGUGGGAUCAUCAAGGUCCAGGCAUUAACGUUGGGUUAACCGAAUCUAUCGACUAUGUAAUUAAACAUAUUAACCAAAAUGGUCCUUAUGAUGGAAUUAUUGGUUUUUCGCAAGGUGCUGCUAUGGCUUUAAUGAUAACUAAUAGUAUUAACAAGUUAUUACCCUCACAUGGCUCAUUUAAACUUGCAAUGUUUGUGUCAUGCUUUGUUCUUACUGAACCAAGUGGUGAUCGUUCACCAGAGAAUAUAGAAAGAAUUAACCAUGAAAUUGAAGAUUUUGAAGAAUUUAAACAAGCAGUGAAGAUAACAGAUGACGCAGAACGUUAUUGCAUCCCACCAGCUGAUUUAUCUACCAAGUUAAUAUUUGUAAAUGGAAGCAAUGACAGCGUUGUCACUCCCAUUAGAAGUCAAUAUGCAGAAUCGUUAUAUCCAGAAGGAAAAGCCAAGAUAUUUGUUCAUGAUGGAGGUCAUUUAGUGCCCAAUAGGAAAGAAUUCAUUGAGCCGAUCAUCAAGAUAUUCAAUGAGGAAUUACUUGAAAAGUCAAUGUUGUAGAGAUAUAGUGUAGAUUUUGCUAAUAGAUAUUCUCCAUAGUUAUGAUUUUGAC